GAUCAUAUUCAAUCACCUUGGACAAUUCUAUAACUAGGAGAAGAAAUUGGUUUGAUGUCAGUCCUUCAAAAAGACAGUCUGGAAACGAGACCAUCACUGUGUCUACUUACAACCUUCUCUCUCAGCAAUACAUGUGGCCAGAAGUUUACAAUCACAUACCCGCAAAAUUCACAAGCUGGCAGUAUAGGCUAGCUCUUAUAAACAAGAAUUUAAUGGACUUAUCACGGCUAGCAGAUAUCAUGUGUUUUCAAGAGAUGGAAUUCAAUGUUUAUCAGAAAACGUGGAAACCCUUGUUGAAAGAUCAGGGUUUUGAUUCCAUUUUUCAAAAAAAGAAGCCCCCUGUUUACUGGAUCAAAAGCGAAGACCAGUUGGAUGGUGUGUCUAUUUUUGUCAACUCCAAUAAAUUUGACCUCCUUGGCUAUGAGCCAGUCGAAUACUCUGAACACUUUCAAAAUCCCGAAUAUUUCACUCCAACUCGCGACUUAAGAGAACGUGCUAUGCCUAGAAAUACUGUUGCUCUCAUUGCAACAGUAAGACACAAGAAAACAGGAACGAUCAUAUUUGUGACGAACACACACCUAUAUUGGUCUCCUGAAUUCCCCGAUGUCAAAGUUCUGCAAACAUACCUGCUCGUUCGUUUACUCAGGAGAACAAUGAGAAAUUUCUAUAAAGUAAAUGACCACCAGCUCAAAGAGAUUAUGCGCAUGGGAGAAGCGAGUGCUCUUUUGGUUGGGGACUUUAAUUCCACUCCUGACUCCAUGGUUUAUGAGUUUCUACAAAACGGCUCGCUCGACAUUGCUAAAGACACCCGGUUCAAUUAUGACUAUGGCGAACUGGAUGGUGACAUAUUGGAUACGGGUCUUCUAGGAUUUGAGUCCCAGUACAGAUCAUUGGUAAACUCCUCUGAAUUUCAGUGCCGUAAGCAUAGUCAACCCUUCAAAAGAUUUAUUGAUUACAUUUGGGUGAACAAAUACAGCAAGAAUUUGACACCUCUUCGAGUUCUCGGGGACAUAGAUAUUGACUCUGUGAAUGAGUUUCCAUGGUUUCCUAAUGAGUCGUAUCCAAGCGAUCAUCUUCCCAUGCUAGCUCAAUUUGGAAUAACUUAAGUUACAUUAUAUAACACAUCGGAAACGCGCACAUUAUGAUUCAC